AUGUCCGCCACGACAUCGAGUUUGAUUUCAACAACCACAACUGCGACUCCUCCGCCCUCGGCGACUGGUAAUAAUGGUAAUUCAGGCAAUGGCCCCAGUUCGCCUCUCCUCUUUUUUGUCGCUCUAGGGUUCGGUGUAGUUUUCACCAACUUAUGGAUUAUUGUCGGUGUCAAGUAUUGCUUCCGAUAUAAUCAACGCAAUCGACAGCGAAUGAAUGGAGAGGAUCCGGAUGCCGUCGAUCUGGGGGCAAUGCCCCGACAACAUCGGAGAAGGAGAGAAAAGAAACUGAUGACCAUGGAAGAAGUCAACGAGAAGUUUCCUUUGACCAAAUACAAAGCAUGGCGGGCCACUCGAGCCGACGAGGGUUUACCCACCGCUGGCGGUAUCAACACUGCAUCCCGGCCUGUCAGUCGAGCAGCAAGCAUACAUCAUGAAGACCGAGCAUCGAAAGAUCUUUCCAACUCAGUCGAAGCUCGAGAACUGGCACAGGCCAAAGCCGACGCCGCACAAAACGAGAAAGCGCAGCAACCUGAACAUGGCCAACCUCAUCUGGUUGGUGGCGUCGCCGAUUCUGAUUCUCGACCGGACACUCCAUCCAGGCCGAAAUCAACGCAAUCAACCAUGGUUCCAGAUUCCCCUGUUGUUCACAAGGUGACCACCAAUGAUGAGGAUGAUGAGGACGAUGACCACAUUCAGACAGCCGUACCCGCCGAGCAAUUACCAGAUCCCGGCGACGCCUGUGCAAUCUGUAUCGAUACUCUCGACGACGACGACGAUGUUCGCGGUCUGCAAUGCGGCCAUGCAUUCCAUGCAUCCUGCGUCGACCCUUGGUUAACCUCGCGGAGGGCGUGCUGUCCUCUGUGUAAGGCUGACUAUUAUGUACCCAAACCCCGGCCAGAAGGCCCCAAUGGGGAGGGCUUGACCAGAUCGGCCACGAAUCCAGAUCUUCCCCAACCUCCCCAAACCUCCUAUUCCAUCAUCGCGAGUGCUCGACAGGGUCGUAGACCCGCGAUGUAUAUUCCUGGACGUUUCAUGAGUAUAGUUUACCAUGAUCGCGAUCGACAUGGAUUUCCUGUUGUGGUACGAGCUGAAAGAGCCGGCCAGAAUGACCGACAGAGAGAAAGAGAAGUCAGCACGGCGACCACCGCUAAUGGCGACGCUCCGGAGACACAAUCGCAAACACCAACAUGGAGGUCACGAUUUAUUGGUCUACGUCUUCCUGGAAGGGCUCGACCUCCUCCAGCAACACAUAAUCAACCUUCCGGUAAUGGAGCACCUGAGGUGCAUCCAACACCUUCGCAGCUAGAGGCUGGAAGGUGA